GUGAAAGCACCAUGCCUGAGCACAACCUUUGAAGUUUUUCAGGGAGACUUCGCUGCAGUGAAUCCGACAGGUGGUGGAGUCGCAACGCUGCUUGACAGGGUCAGAAGCGCUCUAACGGCACAGGAGCGACGCUCAGGUGAUCAUUUGUGACCUGAAUGCGCCGCUGCACGUGGAGACCGCGCGCAGAUUUGUGAAGCAGACUUGGUCGCUAGCUCGUGCGUCGCUGCAGAAACACAGGAAGAAGUGUGAAGACGGAUGUAUGACAAUGAGGCACGCUGAGAGCCGGAGCAGGCAGCCCGGGUUUGUGUCACUGACUCCGCGUCUUUAACUUGAAAUCUGUAGAAACACAUGAGACGCACGAGCCGCAGGUCUGUGUGGAUUACCGAAGUCUGAAUUAAUCGGCACCCAGUGGAUUUAAGUGUUUGAGGGGACAACAUGGGGACCCAGGGGACAGGACGGAAAAGGUCCACUAAAAAGGACAAAACGACGGCAGAGGACGAUGCCCUGAAUCUCAUAGCCAGAGAGGCCGAGGCCAGGCUGGCAGCAAAGAGGGCAGCCAGGGCAGAAGCCCGAGAGAUCCGCAUGAAGGAGCUGGAGCGACAACAGAAAGAGAUCUUUCAGGUGCAGAAGAAAUACUAUGGCUUGAACACCAAAUUAGAUGACCGCGUGGACAACAAAUGGGGAGAUAUUGAACAAUGGAUGGAAGACAGUGAGAGGUACUCACGUCCUUCACGGAUUCACAUGCUCUCAGACGACGAUGAGCGGAUGUCAGUGGGAAGCCGAGGCAGCGCCAGGUCUGAUCUUGAUGCAGUUGGAGCUUAUGGUGCAGGGGGCUCCUCCUCACAUAAGAAGUCAAAGAAAAAGAAGAAACAUAAGCACAAAGACAGAGAUAAAAACGGCUGUGAUGACGAAUACAGCGUCAAAUCUGACAGGAGCUCAAGACUCAGUGAUGAAAGCAGAGUGUCUCGCUCCAGGCUAGACCUCACGAGCUCCAGACUGAGCGAUGACAGCCGGCUGUCUCGUGUCUCCCGGUCAGACCUGCAGCUGGCUUCUUACACUUCUUCUGACUUGUACAGCCUCAAUGGUCUGUCCUCUUCCAGAAACCCAGGCUCAGCUUUCAAUGGUUACCAGUUCUACAGGUCACUCAGUCAGUACAGCCAGGAGCUUUAUCGUAGGAGCUCCUUAUAUGAAGACAGUCUGUGCAGUGGGUCGCGGCGAGUCGUCAGCGCUAGCUCUCAUCCUUUAGAGUACACUAGUUAUCGCAGCUCCGGCUCCAGAGCCUCCAGCAGGGCCGGGUCAGCCCGUACCAGCCCAGUGGACAAUUGCAGCUCUGUUGCCAGUUUUUUGAGAAGCAGUAGCAGUGGCCUUCCCAGGGACCUGGACGAUGUCACUAUUCCCGACUUUCCUGACGUGAGUCGCUUUGCACCCGCAGCAGCCCGAGGCUGUGAUGUGGAGGACAGAGAUUAUCUUGAGAAGGGAUCUCGAGCAGCUUCAGCCUUAACAGCAGGCACGCUCACCUCAUUAGGAGGGUCGUCCUCCCGGAGAGGAAGCGGAGAGACGGCUUUAACUGUAGACGCCGAGAGCUCCAUACGAGAAAUCAAGGAGAUUCACGAACUGAAGGAUCAGAUUCAGGAAGUGGAAGCCAAGUACACUCAGAACCUAAAAGAAGUCAAGGAUGCACUAGCAGAAGUGGAGGAGAAGUAUCGUAAGGCCAUGGUGUCGAACGCUCAGCUGGACAAUGAGAAAAACAACCUGAUGUACCAGGUGGACACGCUCAAAGACUCACUCAUGGAGCUUGAGGAGCUGCUAACUGAGUCACGCCGAGAGUACGAGGAGAAAGUCAAGGAAUACGAGCGAGAGAAGUAUGCCCACAGUGUGCUUCAGUUCCAGUUCAGUGAAAUGAAAGAGACGCUAAAGCAAAGUGAAGAGCUGCUAAACGAGAUCCGUCAGCUGCGUUUGAAACAGGAGGGUUUUGUUAGAGAAAUUACUGAUCUGCAGGAGACGGUGGAGUGGAAGGAUAAAAAAAUUGGGGCCUUAGAGCGACAGAAAGAAUACACAGAUGCAAUCCGAAUUGAGCGCGAUGAGCUCAGAGAAGAAGUCGUGAAGCUGAAAGAUAUUCUGAAGAAACAUGGAAUAGUGUUGGGACCUGACCUGAGCAUCAAUGGGGAUGUCGAUGUGGCAGAAACUGACGAGUCCCCCAGUGCAGACCCUGCUUCCCAGCCAGCUCAGGACUCACAGACGACCCCAGCAGAGGGGAACGGCAUGCUCGGCAACACAGAGGAGACUGAGUUGAGAAGUAGCAGAGAAGAGGAAGAAGUGGGUCCAGAGCAGCAACAAGAAAUGCACGAGAAAGCCAAAGAGAAUCAUAUGAGCUCUGAUCUUCUCUGUAAUGCUGCUGAUGUUUCCACACUGAAAACAUCCAGUGAAGAACAGCCACAAGAAGAACAACAGACCUGCUUACCUGCAGAGAAAAACAACGCUGGAGAAAAUGGUCUCAGUGAGGACUUAAAUGCAGAAAUCAGUGACUCUCCUACUACAGAACCCAGUAGUUUUGAGCUGAAAGAGAUUGUAACAAGUCCUGAUGUUCCAGAAAGAGAAAUGUCUGAGGGGGUUAGUUUAAAAGAGACGAGUAGUCCAAAUGUAGUCGAGACAGAUGACAAAAGUGUUAGUGUUGACACCAGUGAGGUGCAAGACAGCAAACAGGAAGCUGUUGAGAAAAGUCAUUUAACAAAUACUGAAUUAUGUCCUCAACAAAAAGUUGCAGAUGUUGCUCCAAAAGAAAAUUUAACCGAUGAAUCCGUUCCAACUGCUUCAAACAUUGAAGCUCAACCUGAGCCUGAAAAUGCAGAAGAGGCAGAGAACGAUGAGGCAGAGGAAACGCCCAGUAAAUCUCAGCCUCAGGGUACUCCUGCUUCAGGGAAAAAGAAGAAAAAGAAGAAGAGAGGCAAAAAGAAAGGAGGGGCUCAAGAUGAUAAGACCAAACAGAAAAAUGAAACGGCGAAUGAAAAGAAAAAAGACAAAGAACCAGCAGGAAGUAAUGGUGGAUCUGCUGCAGAACUUACUGUCGAUGGCUCUGUCAAUCAAACCUUGAAGGAAUCCAAGGUGGAUCAAGUCAAGGAAGAGCAGGAAAAGCAAGAAACUGAGGAAGUCAAUGCAGUGGAGCCGAUCGAAUCCAGUAAAUGUAAAGAACAAACUGUUUCAAAUGAGUGCCAUGAGGAAGAAACUUUGGAAACCAACACAGUAGAAGAAGCAGAAAUGGUAGAACCUACUCAGGCCAUUUGUGAAGCCCAAAAAGAAGUAACAGUGGCUCAUGUUAAGGAUGAACAGAACCAGGAACAAACUUUAGAAACAAAGGCCACAGAUACAGUAGAGGCAGAGGAACCUACUCAAAGUUUGUCUCAUGCAGAAAUUCUUGAGGAAACUGAAACAGACUCCAAAAUUGAUGAUCAAGACACCGAACAAACUCUAGAAACCAACAAGAUAGAAGAAACAGAAGAAGUAUCACCUGCUGAAAACCCUUGUCAAACAGAAACUCUCAGCAGAGUAAUAGUGGAUGAUGUUACAGAGGAACAGAAUAAAGAACAAACUUUGGACAUAGAGACUGACAGGGCAGUAGAGACAGAAGAAGCCACUGAAAGUUCUUCUCAUUUGGAAACCAUCAAGGAAUCAAUAGAAACAGAUUCCAAAGAGGCUGAUCAAGAGGAGAAACCUACUUUGGAAGUAGAGACCUUAGAAGAAGAGGAAUCUGUGGCCUGUAUUGAAAACAGUGAAACUCCCAGUGAAACAAUAGUGGGUCACGUUACAGAAGAACAGAAUGAUGGAGAAACUUUGGAAACAGAGACUGUAGAAUCAGUAGAGGCACUGAAAAGUGUUGAAACUCUUGAAGAAUCCAGAACAGAUUCUGAAAAAGAUGAACAAGACCACGAGGAAACCUUUGAAACAGACAAAGUACCAGAAAUGGAAACGGCAACAAAUCCUGACACAGAGGCCAACAUCUGUACAGCCGAACUCAACUCCAACAGUGCAGAGAGCACUGAUGGCCUUGACAAAGAGUGUACAUCCAGUGUAGAUGAUCCUGAAAGGGUCGGUAUCUCAGCUGAUGGUGAUGUCAUCCAUACUGAUCAAACAGAAGAGAAAGCAGAGUCUGCUGACGACAGGAAAUCUGACAGCACAUCUAACAACACCAAAAACAGCCCUGAAACGAGCAGCAACACUGAAUCACACGUUCCAACCAAUGGUGACAUUGCUGCCAAUGACUCUGAGUCUGCUUCUGAGAGUAAAGACAACACAUUCAUCCUGCCACCGUCUGCUGAAGACUCCCCGAGUGGUGUCAAAGGUUCAUCUGACACGGAGACAUCCGAAGUUAUAAACUCUGGUACAGAUGACCCUCCCAUCAAUGUUACCAGCGACGGUCCUGAGGAGUCCGCUGAUGGGGAGCCAAGAGCAGAGACUGAACAAGAAUGCCCUCCUGCCAUUGUCACAUCUCCACAUCAGGAUGGUGAUAAUUUAGAAAACAAAAAUCUGGAAGAACCCAAAGAUUUAGUUAAUCCAGAUGAAAAAAGCAACAGUUGUGAUGGUGCGUCAUCAACAGAAAGCCCUGAAGCCUUAAGCAAUGAGACUGUAGUGCAGGACGAAGAACUAGAGAUCAGUGCUGCUGUCAUGUUAGAUACACCACAGGCUCCAAAAGAAGCUACUGAGACUGGUUCUUCAGCUGAUCAGAAAUCGGCUGUCGUGGAAGAUCCACAACAUAAAAAUGAUCAACAUGAGGAAGAGUCAUCCUUGUCAGCUGAGCAACCGCAUGAAUCCAACAAAGACCAAUCUGAAAAUAAUAAUCAGUUGGAGAAUGAAGGGGAAGAGGAUGAUGAAGAUGAAGGGCAGUCUUUUGAUUUUGAUGACAUGGAUAUUGAAGCAGCUGAAGAAUUGAGUCGUUGCCAAAAUCCAGAGCAGGAAGAAAUUGAUGAGGGAGUUGAAUUAACGGCAGAUGAAACCAACAAUGGGCUGUGCCAAAGUAAUGCCGAGUCAAAUGAAAACAAGUCAGCUGAAGGCAGUGAUGGAGGUAACCAGGCAGAUAAAGACCCAGAUACGGUGCCUCAAGAAGACCAAAACUCUGUGGCUCAUGAGGAAGCUACCUCAGAAAAGUUGGAAAAUGUGUGUGAAGAAGAGAAAAACGCACAUAAAGAAGAAGCCGGUGAAGGAGACCAGCCAGGCAAAGCUUCAGAGGAAGUCUUGAGCGCUGGAGCGCCGGGAGCUGUUGCAGAAAACAUUAACCAGACUGUGUCUUCAUUAGUAGAGGCAGGGAUAGAUGUGGUCAAGAAUGCGUUGCAGGAUGAAGAUGCGGAUUUACCAAAGAGUGCAGACCAAGCGGGCAGCAAUAAAGGGGCAGCACAGUCAGGGAAGGAGUCAAAGAAGAGUGGAAAGAAAGGCAAAGGAAAGGGCAAAGAGGAAUGUAAGAUGUCGUAGUCUACAGAUGUGCUUAACAUGCCUUAACUGUUAUUUUACUGAUGUUUAGAAAGCGGUUUAAACCUCAAAGCACUUUGAUUCUUUCCAAAUAAAUAUUGAUGUAAGUUUGUAUAUUUUCUUAAUUUCUUUUCAUUGAGCUCAUUUGUGCAAACAAAACAAACAAUUUGUGGAAAGAUGAAGAUCUAAACUGUUAAGGUAACUGUAGGCUUAUACACAGGCUAUGAUGCACUUGAUAUAACAGGUAACAUUCAUUCAGAUAUUGAUGGACAUUUAUUUUGCUGCUUGUACCAUGUCACACAUCUCUGAUUAUAUUGCUCUCCAACGGUUCUGCUACAGCAUCAUCGCAUCUCGGUGCAAUUUCCGUCAUCUACUUAUGUCAUGAGUCCACAACAAAAAUAAAUAUUAAUGGGUAAUUGUUAUUAAGACUUAAGAUAACGAGCUCGAACAUGUUCUGUCCCUCAUGUCAGUGUUUAAAUUAGUUUAAA